AUGAACUACAGAAGACCAACACUACCCUCUACAGAAAAGGCCCAGGUUCACAACUUAACCUUAUCAGAUUUCCAAACUACCAACUGUGUUUUAGAUCUAGAAAUCCUUGACUGGCAUGUAACACCCAGUAUUUUUGGAGAUGUCAGCCCAGUAUCAUCACGGAAAUCUGAUGGGCAAGUUACUAAGUCAUCUACCCAGCUCAGCCGCAAGAUCCAGGUGCUGCUGCAGCAGGCCGACAACGCAGAGGAGAGGGCCGAACGCCUGCAGCGGGAAGUGGAGGGAGAAAGGCUGGCCCAGGAACAGGCGGAGGCUGAGGUGGCAUCCUUGAAUCGUAGGAUCCAGCUGGUUGAAGAGGAAUUGGACCGUGCUCAAGAACGCCUGGCGACUGCCUUGCAAAAGCUGGAGGAAGCUGAGAAAGCAGCUGAUGAGAGUGAAAGAGGGAUGAAGGUCAUUGAGAACCGGGCCUUAAAAGAUGAAGAAAAAAUGGAACUUUAGGAAAUUCAACUCAAAGAAGCUAAGCAUAUUGCAGAAGAGGCAGAUCGGAAGUAUGAAGAGGUGGCUCGUAAAUUGGUGAUUAUUGAGGGUGACUUGGAGCGCACAGAGGAGCGGGCUGAGCUGGCAGAGUCCCGUUGCCGAGAGAUGGAUGAGCAG